CGUAAACAGAGACACACUAGUUGGAGAACGUGACUAGUUGGGUGAAGCAUUUUUUUUUUUUACACGUUUAAACCUUUAAUAUCUGCCCUAAUUAACCCACUUAUACUACUAAUAAUAUCCUAAUCUGCUCUUUAACUCUGGGUGAAUUUUAUAAGCGACCACACAAACUGCUUAUGAGCUACAGACAGCGGGUCGCCGAGCUAACCAUGCUAUCCUAGCGUCCCGUCAGCGAUGGAUCCGCUGAGUGUUGUUGCAGAUGAAGUUGCUUUGGAGGGGCUGGACGGAAUAACGAUUCCCUCUCUGUGGAUACGACUAGAAAGCAGACAGCCCGAGUUCCCCCUGAAGCUCGACGACUGCACCAAGGAGCUCGUCUGGAGGUCGCUGAUCAGCAACACCGACCUGCACUUCUGCGAGCUCCCGCAGGAGAGAGAGGAUGUUGUGCUGUUUGACAGGUUUAAAGACAUCGACCCAGAAACGGGCUUUGACACAAAACAGAAGAUUUCUGAAACAUGGAAAGACGUCUACCCAGUCCAUAUUAUUCUAGAAAACAAGGAUGGGAUUCAGGGAUCGUGCGCUCUCUUCAAACAGAGGACAGACGUCACGAAGCAUGUCCGCUCCAAGUCCCUCACCCCGUUAGUCAACUUGGAGGAGGCUUUGGAAAGAUAUGGCCGACGGCUCGUUGUCGUGGCGUCUCAGACGUUGCGAUUCAGGACCUUGAUUGGUUCUGAGAGCGAUCCUGAUUUGAAACUCAAUGACGACUCUUACUGCGUGUUGGAACGAGUGGGCCGAGCUCGAUGGCAAGGAGAGCUGCAACGAGAUCUGCACGGAAGCUCUUUCAAGAUCGAUGCUCGAAAGUUGCACUACAUGAGGAAGUCUCUUGUCAGACAUGGACUCAUCAGCAUGCAGUCUUAUGCCACACGGCUGAAGUCAGGACAACAGCAACACUCCAUCCUUCUGCUGCUCAAACGCUUCCACGUAAACAGGAGGACGAAAUAUGACAUACUGAUGGAGUGCGUGUCCAACCUUCUCCAGCAGUCACCUGGUCAGAUCGCCACUUUGAUGGCACUCAGAGAACAACUUCAGAAUUUGAAUGACAAUACCGUCAAGCGUGUUUUUCACUACAUGCGAUCUGCCAAGUUGGUUGAGUUUUGCCAGUACCCUCUGGAGGACUUGGAUCCCGGCGCCGGGCCCUGCACCAACAAAAAAGGGAAUAAAGUGCUUGUGCGCUGUUUGAAACUGUUAAAGCCGUAUACGAGGAAGGGCGUCACCGACGAUGACGAUGAUGAGGACGAGGAGGAAGAAGAUGACACUGGAGCGAGACGAAGAGCUCUCCCUUCAGAGGGGCGAAUCAUGGAGAAAGAUGUCCUCACACAGGCAUAUCACAUUGUACUAGCCUGUGGAACAAAGGGAAUCCCUCAGAGUCGUAUUGGCUUUAGGAUGAACGUCGGUAAACUGGAAUCUCGUAUGAUCUGCCGAAGGCUGGACAGUUAUGGUGUGAUUAAGGGAUUCAUGGAGGAUGAGGGUCGGCAGAGGACUACAAAAUUUAUCAGUCACAAGUGUGUGGGUGUGAGUAAUCAACUCCAGCUGUUUGCUAAGGAGCAGGAACGGAAGAAGUUUCUUUACUCUACUUCACCUGCCACCCCUAAAACACCAUCAACCCCAAAGUCGACAGCAAAAGAAAAGCCCAAAACUCCCGCUGCGAAGAAGAUUCAGAAAGCUGCUGGAGGAGGAAACGAAGAUGCAGAGGAAGCCGGGCAGAAGUGCGGUGAUAGAGAAGUGGAUACAGCAUAUGAAGGCUUGGAUGAAGAGGCGGGUAAAGGAAGACGGAAAUCAGGAGCAAAAAGAAAGACAGCAGGAAAGAAAAGCAGUGGGAAAACUACCCAACCUGAGAUCCCAAUUGUACAACCUACACCAGAUGAAUGUGAAACUCCAGCUUGCACCAAAUCCAUCACCAGUACAAUGCCUGACUCAGUGUCCAUUCCAGAAGCAGAACAAGCUCAAGAUGAGGAGGAGGAAGAAUCCAGCUCAAGUCCUGCCAGCCCUUUGCCUCAGAGUGAGGUGGUGGAUGCUGUCGGUAACCCAGCAGGCAACAACGUUGUGGUUGUUAAAGAUGUUUUUGAGACAAAGGGCCGUGGACAUGUUAAAUACAAAAAGUCUUUGGAGAGGUCUCAUGAAACAUACCGCCUGUUGAGGAGGAAGAACCUGAUCGUUGAGGCUGUCCGCAGCUUCAAAAUCAUAGAGGGUCUUUUCCCGCUACAGAAGAUGAUCAAUGAGGAAGAGAAGCAGGAUGGACUCAGCUCAAAGUGUUGCAGGAAGACUAUUCUACGUCUCGUCCACGGACUGUCUAGAGAAGGUUUGCUUAGGAUUUACAAGACCACUGUCAUACAGGAUGGCAUCACCAAGAAGGUUGAAAUGGUCGUUCAUCCGUCCAUUCAACCCAACGAUGACAUAGUGAACCGACUCAUUGAACAGAUCCGCUUCAGAAUCUCCAGCUCUUACUCAGCUUUACGUCUGCAGCACGCUGAAGAGAAAGCCAGAGAGAAUGAGGAGUUGACUGGCAGCACUUCCCUGAAGGGCAAAGAUGACAGAAAGGGAGAUGAGGACGAGUUCAAGCCCACAACAGUUCGGGGGUUGGGGAAGACUUUUGGCUUCCAACCUAAGAUGCAUCGUUUGCGUGCCAUUCAUAACUUCCUCUGGUACCUGAUUUACGGUCACCCAGAAAGACACAACUCCAAUGGCUCCCGCUCAACCUCUCAAGCACCAGCAAACCCCAACAGCUCUGAUCCUGAUGCCAAACCUCCAGAAAACGAGGAAAAACAGGAAACUGCAGAUUCCAAUUUGUCAAACUUGGAUGUCACAUCAUCCGGCGAUGAUGAGGAAGAGCUGAAAGAUAAAACAGCACAUGGCCACUCUCAGUCUGACAUGAAAGUGUAUGUUGACGAAGAGUCAUGGAAGAGAUUCAUGCCUCCUGUCCGUGUACAAAAGGAGUUCGGCAGUGGCUGGGCGAUGGUUGGUGAUCUGCUCCUCUGCCUGCCUCUCUCUGUCUUCAUUCAGGUCAUACAGAUCAAUUAUAAGGUGGAUGGACUGGAGGAAUAUCUCAACGACCCUGUGAAGCAACACUAUCUUAUCAGAACGCUGCCUGCCAGAAUGAAGAGACAGCUGCUUUAUAAACGGAGAUACAUCUUCUCAUUUCAUGAGAACCUGCAGAAGUUGGUCUACAUGGGUCUGCUGCAGUUUGGUCCUGUGGAGAAGUUCAAGGAGAAAGACCAGGUGUUUUUGUACCUGAAGCGCAAUGCCACCAUUGUUGACACCACCAGCUCUGAGCCGCACUACUGGCUGGUCACAGAGUCACCUGACAAACCGUUUGAGAAGCGCCAGUACACAUUCAACACUCCCGAAGAUGUAGAAAACUACUGGUUUGACCUGAUGUGUGUCUGCCUGAAUACACCGCUGGGGGUCAUCCGUAAUAAGAGAAAUGUCACAGAGGAGGAAGCUGCUCCUUCUUUUGUCCAUGAACGCAGCGUGUUCGUAGGACUGGCAUACCUGCUCAGGGGCAGUCGUGAAGUGUGUGACGAGGGGUUAAUACCAGGAGACGGUAAAGGAGCAGGAGGUCUGGACUCUGAGUUCUUCGCUCAUCUUAAACGAAACUGGUUGUGGACCAAUCACCUACUCUCUGUCAAAACAACCCCAAGUGGUUUAGAGGCGAAGGAGAACAAAAUCAGACUGAAGAGCCUGCUGAGUAAAAAUGCUCUCAGGAUUGCACUUAAAGCUGGAGGAACUACUAAACCUCGUUAUGUGACUGCCAAGCGACCACUAAUCGCAGAAAAUGUUGAGGUGAACAUAGAGCCUGCGUCCAGAAACCAGCUGGUGGUCGGAGGAAAGAGACAAAAGAGGAAGAGAACCAAAAAGGAGGUUGUGAAGGCGCCACGAAAGAAGAAGAAAGAGCCCAAGAAACGGACACCUGCCCAUGACGAGGCGGACCACCAGGCUUUGAAGAUGAUGACCAGACAGAGGGUCUACUGGUCUGUACAGGAGGACUCACUGAUGAUGCUCUGCAGUGUGGCCUUACACCUGCUCAACAGCAAGUUAAAAAGGCCAUUUGUACCUCACUGUGUGGUAAGAGACCUGCUCCACGCAGAGUUUGAGAUAUCGGUGGAUAAAACAUCUGUCGCUGUCGGGCGUCGCACAAAAUACAUCUUAAAAAAUCCUCAGACGCUUCUGAACUACAGGAUCUGUCUGGCUGAGGUGUACCAGGAUAAAACUCUGAUGAGAUUGUUGGAGGAGAAAAAACCGGCUGACCCAAACAAUCCAGAGGAUUGUGGUAAAGUGUUCUCGGAGUAUGUGAGGCUGCUCAGACAGAAGUUCAGCACCGCUCAGAGCCCGUGUGAUACGAACGUGCCUGACACAAAACAUGAGCUCUUCUCACGGUUUAGGGUUUCAGCAAUAGCCUGUGGAAAGCAUAUGCCAUGCAAAGAUGUUCUCACCUGCACAGAUGACAUUCAUGCCAUAGUGUUACAUAACCUGAUCCAGAGCACUUUGGCCAUGAACAACAGCCAGAUGAAGUCCUCCAGAUCCUUUCAGGCCUUCCACAUGUACAGUAAGUAUGACCAGGAGCUGCUGUGUCGAGCGUUCAUACGAUGCAGGAAGAGUGGUCUGGUCAACCGCCGCCGUGUCAAUCAGCCAUUUGGGCCGAAGAAGAACCGAGCGCUGCCCAUCCUGCCCAUGUCCUACCAGCUGUCCCAGUCCUACUACAGGUGUUUUUCGUGGCGCUUUCCUCACUCGCUGUGCACCGAUUCCUUCCGGUUCAUGAGGAGUCUAAUUAAUAACGGGAUGGGAGACGACAGACCUGUCACUCUAUUCUACCAUGAAACCAAGAACAGGUCCGAGAACGAGGAGGAGGGGGUGGAGAGAAGAGCAGAGUCAGAAAUAAAAAGAAAACAAAGUGAACGGAAGGCAGGCGGGAAACCAGUGAGUGAACCGGAGGUACAACCAGAGAAUGCAAACGAUGACUCAGCAAAUAAAGAAGAGAACAACCAAAAGAAAGUGGAGGAAGAACAAAGAACAGAAAGUGAACAGAAAAACACAGAAGAUUCCUUCACAGUUGGUCCUGGUGAAGAUCCAUCUGGCAGAGAGCAGACAGACGAUCAUCUGCCCAAAGCUUCUACCUCGAACUCAGCACCUCAAGCUUCAGAAGAGCCUCCAGAUGUGUCGGACAUGAUGCGGUUUUCUAUGGACUCUCCAGGUGGAGCCUGUGUGGUCUCUCUCAGCCUGAUGACUCUGGGACUGCUGAAUGUGUACAUUUCCAUACCUAAACCGAUCGUUGUGGUGGACAGCAACCUGGUGGACAAUGAUGUAGUCAAGAGUAUGGCAGCACUGGAAGAGGAGGAGGAUGAUGAUGAAGACGGUGACGAGUGUGAGGGGAAAAAAAGACUGGAAGUGAAGGCACAUCAAGCGUCACACACCAACUACCUGAUGAUGCGGGGAUACUGCUCUCCGGGUAUAGUCAAACUACGUAACCUCAACACCGGUGAUAACAUUGUGUUGGAGUCGUGUAUUAUGAAGUUGCAACUGCGCGACACACCUGCUCACCAUGCGUUCACUGUGGAGACCUCUCCACCAUUGGACUGGACUAAGUGUGGUCCGUCCCUGCUGCCCCCCAGCCUCACCUACUCCAUCCGUUCCUCUGGCUCUUCUCCAUCCAAUGAGUGUGACAGUCGUUUGAUUCAGCAAAGAGGAUACACGCCUCAGGACAUAGAAGCAUGUGUUCAACUCAGGAAGAGCUUAGAUGCAGCGGGUGAGAAUGGCUUGGAUAUACAUGACCUCUUCGAGACUCAUAUCCACCUGGAGGAGCCGCAGUCCGGACGCACCAGGAGCCUGCAGCAGUAUAUGGAGGACUUACAAGAAGAAGGUCAGGUGUUACAAGUUGGGAGUUUAGGCGUCCGUUGGGUGCUCGUACAGCAUGCUGAACCGUGGCUGCUGACUGUGAAGUCCAAGUCACGCUCCCAGUCACGUUUCACACCUGACAAACCCCCCUGGUUGGAAAAUCGACACAACAUCCCUGUCAUGCGCAAGAGAGCCAGGCGAGGAGUCCCUCAGGAGCCAGAGGAACCGCCGGUUAAAAAAUCAGCUGUGGACAAACAAAAGUCCGUAAAGAGGUUGUCAGGAGAGAAACUGAAUGAGGAAGAACUGCUGAAAAAGCAGAAAGAGGGAACAGAUGAGGGAAGCGGAGACAAAUUGUUGAACUUGGACGAGGAGGAAGGAAAGCAGAUGCAGCCUGAAGAGGAAGGAGAAGGACAGCCAGGACAGAAGAAGGUGGAAACUGUGGAAAAACAGGAAAGAAAGAAGGAACUUGGAGCCAGAGAGGACAGUAUAGAUGAUGAAAGAGAUGAAGAAGCCUGCUCUCCUCCAACAGAAUCAGCUGGUGUUGAUGAUGAUGGAAAUGUGAGUUUCAUCAGCCGUCCGUGGCGCAUGGUUGACAGCAGUCUGAACCGGCAGGUGUGUAAGGGCAUGCUGGAGGCCAUUCUUUAUCACAUCAUGUACCGACCCGGACUCACACAGCAGGCACUGGUGGAACAUUACAAAGAUGUGCUGCAGGCAGUGGCCGUGCUGGACCUGGUGCAGGUGCUCAUAGAAAUGGGCUGCGUGACGAAGAGAACUCUGGUUAAAGCACCUAAGAGCUCGCUGUUCGCCCGCCCCGUGAAUCAGACAAGAAGUGAGACAAAAAUUAAAAUUGAGAAGCCAGACGAAGUGUUUUACGAGCCCACCAUCAGCUGCUGCCUGCGGAUCAGUCAGGUGUUACCCAACGAGCGCCACUGGAACUAUUGUCUACCAUAGAAGUGAUCAUGGCCUGCACUUGGCCAUACCUGCCUUAACAUUACAAAGCUUUUGAAGUUCAGGCCUUUAAGUUGAGCACCUAUCAGACUGCUGUGAUAAACUUUUACAAAGUUUCAUGUCAGGUUCUUUGACAGACUUUACUUCUGGUUUUACAGAACAGGAUUUCUUUGUACAUUUCUUUCUUUGUGGAUUUUUUUUGUUUUAAAAUUAAAUGUAGUUUUGUGUUGUUGUUUUGUAAGAUUAUUAAUAAAAAUGCAUUACAUUA